AGUGCACCAAAAUGCCCCCUCAACUUGAUUGCCACCCCAAGAACUACCUAGAAGUUGUAAAACGAUCAAGAAGUACUUAACUCCCUUUUUGAGUUCGGAGAAGAAAGUGAUUUCUGGGACUACGUGACUAUACUCAAACACACGACCACAACAGCAGGAAACAAAACAAGCAGUGACACGGCGUGCAACUUCCUUCGCCUUCUUUCAUUGAGACAAAAGCCAUUGAUGCAAACCUGGCCGGGUUGCGGCGCGAAAAAUGUAAUAGAAGCCACUACCGUCUGUGUCUCAUGACUAACUCCGCCACAGCGAAGCUGUUGGCCGCCGUGGCGGUUUUCUCGGCGGCACAGAGCACUCUGGUCAGCGCGAUCGAGGAGGAGGAGAACAGUGCCGGGCAAGCUGUUCUGGUGGGUGCCGAGGCAGAAGUGGACGACGACGUUGAGGACGACGACGAGCCGGAAAAGAUCACUGGUUUCUUGCAGCGGUACAAGAAAAAGAAAGUGAGUCUCCUUUGCAGUUCUCACACAGAGAUUCCUACUCGGAGCGCCCCUGAAGAGGAGGGGUCCAGCCCGGAUCAAGUUUGUCCCAAGGGGAAGGUAUACGACAAGGCGGCAACGUUCCGCGCCGAGGACCCGGAUAAUAUUGAUGUGAAGGCAUGGAUCAGAGGAUGUUGCAAGAAGCCAGAAGGCACUGGCUGCGGUGGUAAAACUGGAAUCGGAGGCGGAUGCGGUGGCAACAAGAAGCCGACAAAUGGUGAGACGAAGGCAAAAAACAAAGAGCUCCGCACGGAGGAUUCAUCCUAAUUCGUAGCGCCUCGCCUGGCUGAUCCGUGCUUGACGUCGAACCUCAAGGAGUAUCACAGAGCAAGGACGCUUCUCAUUUCUUCAACAUAAACUAAAGCUGCCCGCCGGAGGUGUGUUGACAUCAAUCUUGAAUAAAAGUACUAGUACAUUAUUCUUUCUGUCUCUGAGUUUUACAAUAGUUUCUGAACAACAACUCUUACUCUUACACGGACAAGCUUUCAGAUGUCUUCAAGGAUUGACAAGGAGCUUCUCUUCUUCAACUUUACCAGAAUUUUGUUUUCAUACCACGAUGAAAAAUUUGAUUUGUUAUUUUUUCUCUUUGGCCGACAAGGAUCUGGAUCAGGAACUGAUUUUUCCAUGAAGGGCAGUACCACGCAAGUGUGUGAUUGAGUCAAGAU